AUGAUCAAAUCUAUAAGGGCCUUGGGCCGCCGGUACACUUCAACGCUUCCGCUCACCAACCGUCAGUUUUUGACAGCACCACCUCCAGAGUCUUCCCGAGUCACUCUUUCCGGCUGGAUCAAGAGUGUGCGUAAAUCCAAAAACGUUGCCUUUGCCGAUCUCUCCGACGGUACUUAUGGUGUCCCGGUCUCUGUAGUUCUUGCCCCAGAAGAUGCCAAGUCUCUGCUCACCGGUGCAUGUAUUCAGGUUAGCGGUACAGUCCAACGUGCUCCUGCCAAAAAAAAUGACAACCCAGCAAACCCCGUUUAUGAAAUUGCCGCAGACAAAGUCAACCUCUUGGGCCCGGCCACAAAAGAUUACCCACUUCAGAAAAAAUUUCACACUCAGGAGUUUCUGCGAACCAUCCCAGAAUACCGUUGGAAAACAAAUACCGGCGCUGCAGUUUUGCGAUACCGCUCUCAGGCCAUUACCUUUUUCUCCAACUAUUUUGCAUCUAACGGUUUUACCCAGGUCUCUUCCCCCCUCAUCACAGCUUCUGACUGCGAAGGAGGCGGUGAAGUGUUUCAAUUGAGUGGCGGAAAAGAAGGCCCUCUUUUUUUUGGCCAAGAUAAAAAGGCUUAUCUCUCAGUAUCGUCACAACUGCAUCUUGAGGUUUUUGCUGGUGCGCUUUCCCGUGUUUGGAAUAUUGCUCCAGCUUUCCGUGCUGAGGAUUCCGAUACCAACCGCCAUUUAAGUGAGUUUUGGAUUGUUGAAGCCGAAAUCGCCUUUGUCAAUGAAAUGGCUCAGGUCAUGGAUGUUGUGGAAAACAUGGUACGCAGUGCAGUUACUCCAUUGCUGGAUGAAAAUAACGUCGAAGGCCAACUUUGUGCACGCGACCUUCUAGCUGUCAAGCGUGACCCUGACGCCAAAGAAGCUCUUAGAGAACGUUGGGAAAUUGUUGCUGGUUCUCCUGAAGCAUGGCCUCGUGUUUCCUACACUGAAGCCCUCGACAUUUUGGCCAAGGAGUAUGCUCGUGAUCCAACAUGCUUUGGCGGUCCUGCCAAUGCCCCUCCUCAAUGGGGCGACUCUAUUGCUUCUGUCCAUGAAAAAUACCUUGCUAGUGUUUACUUCAAGCGCCCUGUCUUUGUCACUGAUUACCCUGUUGACCAGAAACCCUUUUAUAUGUUACUCAACGAGCCUGAAGCAGGCCGUCAAACUGUCAAGUGCUUUGACCUUCUUAUUCCAGAUAUUGGCGAACUUGUAGGCGGUAGCAUGAGAGAAAACGACUUGGAAAGACUCAAAUUGGCUAUGGAGCGUAAGGGUAUGGACCCUGCAGAUCUCGAGUGGUAUGUCAAAUUACGCGAACAUGGCAGUUUUCCUCAUGGGGGUUACGGCAUGGGCUUUGAACGGUUCCUUGCUUUUGUGACUGGCCAGGAAAAUGUUCGCGAAGUUAUUGGGUUCCCACGCUGGGCUGGCUCAUGCGUUUGCUAG